AUGUCCAGGUGGAAGGCAAGGCUGGCUGAAAGACUGAAAUCUCCAUCUGGAAGGAUGCAUCCAUUCCCGUGCUCAGCUCUGCUUGCUUGUUUUGGGAACACAAGGGAGACUGCUCCCUUCGAUCAGCCCAGCGCAGCUGAUACCCCUUCCACCGUCUUUGUUCAGCCCAAGGCCAAAGCGGGCCGACACCCAAGUCACCCACGAAGGGAAGAAGGAACUCCAGAGAAAAGGCGAGAUUCCGGCACCCAUUCAGAGAGAAAUGGCAGUGCGAACCGGAAUUCAAGUAACCACAGUGCUGUCCAGCCCGCGGAGACCCCUGAGGAGGAUCUGCCCAGGUCUCUAGAUGGGGCAUCGGACUGUGAAGCAGUUACUUUUCAGACUUCUAUUCCCAGACCAUCAAUUAUUGAAACGCCAGAAGAAGAGGGAUCCCCGAAAGAACCACAAUGCCUCGGGUUGGAACGGAAGAUGGCAGCAGACAGCCCGCUGGAGGAUUCUGACCUGAAGGACACGUAUCUCAUCCCGAGAAACAUCAUGGCCGAGCCAGACUAUAUAGACGAUGACAAUCCUGAACUAAUUAGGCCUCAGAAACUAGUCAAUCCUGUCAAAACAUCCCGGAACCAUCAAGACCUUCACAGAGAACUUCUUAUGAAUCAAAAAAGGGGACUUGCCCCUCAGAAUAAGCCAGAACUGCAGAAAGUGAUGGAAAAGAGAAAACGAGAUCAAGUAAUAAAGCAGAAGGAAGAGGAAGCACAAAAGAAGAAAUCUGACUUGGAAAUAGAACUAUUAAAACGGCAGCAGAAGUUGGAGCAGCUUGAACUUGAGAAGCAGAAAUUGCAGGAAGAGCAAGAAAAUGCCCCAGAGUUUGUGAAGGUUAAAGGCAAUCUCAGAAGAACAGGCCAAGAAGUGGCUCAAGCCCAGGAGUCGUAGGUCCGGGCUGCAGAGACCGCGCACCCAGCCCAGCGCACACAAAAAGUGUGUGCAGGGGUCUCCCCAGUACUUAACCUCAGGGCCAAAGCCCCUGGAGAGAAUCCCAGCCAGCAGAGAACUGUUACUUUGAAAAGAGUUUGGUUUUGGUUUUCCUACCAUCCGGGUGGAUCAGUUACCUGUGACUGUUGCAGUUCCUAUUCGCCAAACGAAGGACGUUGCCCAGCACUUAAGUUGGGAUAAUGGACCUGUGUUCAAAGACUUAAAAAAUAACAACAACAAGAAAAAAAGGAAGAGGACACUGGCAUAAAUUCCUGAGAGUUGCACUACUUGGUUUUUCUUUCAAGCCAAGUUUAGUGGGGCACAGAGCCUUUUUUCUUUUAAAAUGUAAAGAAAAUGUGUUUCGUUCUUCCUUUAGUUACCCAUUCAAUAAUGUAGAUCGUGCAGAAAUGCGUUUGAUCUAUUAUAUCCACUGUUUGUACAUUCUGUUUUCUUGUCUGAUUUACACUUUCACCCACGUUAGGCUUAACGCCAGAGAAUGUUAGUAUUCAUGUGGAACGCAGUUCUUACCUUUGUUGGCAUUAAGAUUCAGAAAUAGAGUGAGGAGUUUUAAAAAUAUGGGAGCAAAGAAAUACAUAAACAAGACUACGUAAGCGUCUGUCUUGAUCUUAUUUUCAUUCCUGUUGCUUCCCUGAUGCUUCACGGUGACCUACUUCAGGGAAGGUCCAUCAUGUAAAUCCAUGUAUUGCUUUGAUAACUGUUAGGGGUUUUGUUUUCUUUUAUUUUGUUGUUAAGUUUCUUGCUCAGCGAGGCCUUUUAUGUGAAAUAACCUCCCAGUCCUUUGAGGAAUAAAAACUAGUCCGUAUAACCCAACUUCAGUGUCAAAAAGUAGAGGGUCCAAAUCUUUUGGUUUCUCCUGAGAGCGGUAUGGGGAAAGCUCCCAUGUGGAGCUGUGAAGGAAGAGUUCUUUGGGUAUUUUAAUGUGAGUCAAAUGUGGAUUGGUUUCAAGGAGGCCCAUUUGGAAGAUAUAUAGCAUUUAUACAUUUCUAAUAUUAUUUGAAUCCAAGCUUUGAAAUUUUCUGGUUAAUGAUCACCUAGCUCUUUGCCCUUUUUUCUCGUGAAGAAAGGCUAUCUCGCCACUACCUUAGUGAUGGCGAUGCGUUGGUAAGGAUGAUGUGUUGUGACUACUGUUGAUCUCUCAGGAACAGCUGAGGGGAAGGGGACGCUGCCCGGUUUGUGCUCUCCAGCUGGCAUGCUAUACUCCACACGAACCCUGAGUUACCAACUACAGCCAGAUUCUUCACGCGAAAUCCCUUUUCUACUGCCGGGAUGGGCAGGGCAACAUUCUACUUGGGGUGGUCUAGAAGAAUUUGUGUGGAUUCAGUAUGUUCUUUGUAGAAACGAUUCAGCCGGUCAUUCCUACAUUGAAGGCUCGUCUCAUAAUUUCUUUCAAGAGUCAUAGGAAGCUGGAUCCCGAGCUUUUGAAUCCUUAAUAAGCCUAAGUAGAAAUUAGCGUUCUAUGGGAAUUCUGUAGUUUUUUCAUGGUUGGUGAUUAGGAUCCUGUUCAUCCCUAAUGUGGACAGGACAAAAGCAAAUGCAUAGAUAAUACACUGCUAGUCAUAGAACAUGUCGAUUACACCUGAAAUGGAUGAUUUCUCUCAUCAGCAAGUAUUAUUUGAAUAAAUUAUGAGGUGCUUAAGGUACAAUGUUGCUCUAUCAUAAUUUACUUUUGAAGGAUGGAAUGGUAACUAUUUUUUUCCAUCCUUCUUCCUUUUCAGAGAGGAAAGAGCAUUAACCAAUCAUCUUGAAAGUACGUUUCUGAUUGUACGUUGACUAGAGUUCUGCCCCUGUGUAUACGGACUAGUGAUGCAAUUUGUAAAAU